GAGAUCAGAGCAGCACAGGGAUGUGCCUGCCUGUGUGUACGUAGCAAGGUGAGGCACAAAUAUCUCCUAGCCAGAUCAUCUCUUGCACAACUCUGGCUCCGUGCAGCCCAGAAGACCUUUUGUUUUUUCCUCCUCUGCUGCUCCUCUCCAAGCACACCUGCAGAGCAGAGCUGCUGAAGAGCCCCUUCCUCCUGCACAACUCCCUGGCAGCAGCUCUCCCCAAGAAGAGAAGCAUCAUGGUAGGGGUGAUGGCGAUGAGGACGUGGACUGAGCCAGUGGUUGCAGGUUCUCAGGUGGCCAGUGCCUUCUAUGACACAGCACUGCUGCUGGUGGUGAAGAACUACUACAACCAGACCAAUGCCACUGCUUCCUCCCAUGCACUGGAAGAUGCUCAGCAGAAGGCUAUCUCUGAUUUUUAUAUUAUCUACAAGCUAGUCCUGGGCCUGAGCCCACUGGUGUCAGCCUAUGGCUUGUCCAAGCUGGGGGACAGGGUGCAUCGGAAGAUCCCCAUCUGCCUCCCUCUUCUUGGCUACUUGGGCUCCAAAACUCUCCUGCUCCUCCUGAUCCUGCUGGGCUGGCCAAUAGAGGUGAUGUAUGGGGCUGCUGCCUUCAAUGGGCUGACGGGUGGUUUCACCACGUUCUGGGCAGGCAUCAUGGCUCUGGGAUCUCUGGGGUCCUCUGAAAGCAGGAGAUCUCUGCGGCUUGUCAUCAUUGAGCUGGUGUAUGGCCUUGCUGGCUUCCUGGGAAGCAUGGCAUCCGGGUACCUCUUUGUUGGCUUCAGUGACCACUAUCGAGAGGGCACUGUGCUGGUGAGCUGCAGCAUCGCUGGCUAUGCUUUCUGCCUUCUCUACAGCAUUUUUAUACUGACAGUCCCCAAGCCAGCAGCUUCCUGCCCAGCCAAAGCUGAGAGAGCAGAGGAAGUGAGCAACCAGCCACCAGCCCAGAAAGAAGCAGCAGGAGCAGGGAGUUCCCAGUGCUCAGAGAGCAGCAGUUCCAUUCUAGCAUCCCCCUCAAAACUCAUCAUCAUGAUGCUGUUUGUGGCAGCAAUCCUCUAUGACCUCGCUGUGGUUGGUGCAAUGAACGUGCUCCCACUCUUCUUGCUCAGGGAGCCUUUAAGUUGGAAUGCUGUGGAGAUUGGCCAUGGCAAUGCUGCUGGGUACGUGAUCUUCAUCACCAGCUUCCUAGGGGUAUUUGUGUUCUCCAAAUACAUGAGGGACAUUACAAUGAUCAUGAUUGGAGUGACAUCCUUCAGCGCUGGCAUCCUCAUCAUGGCCUUUGUGCGGUGGACAUUCCUGUUCUACAUCGCACGGGCAGUAAUGCUCUUUGCACUCAUCCCCUUACCAACCAUCAGGUCCAUGUUAUCCAAGCAUGUCGAAGGAUCAUCCUAUGGUAAGGUGUUUGUCCUGCUGCAGUUGUCUUUAGUCACCACAGGAGUAGUGACAUCUACAGUCUACAACAAGAUCUAUCAAAACACCCUGAACUGGUACAGCGGCUUCUGUUUCAUCUUGUCUUUUCUAGUUGGCUGCCUGAGCCUCCUCCCUUUAAGCAUUGUAGCCAUCAAACAACAUUCGAUCACUGGCUCCCUUCAGAUUCUGACUGAGUGAGGAAGGCUGUACCAGCUACAGCAUCUUUUUUCUUGAUCAGCUCUUCUUUCUGAGCUACGGAAGUGGAAGGUUUGCCACGCAUCAGACCCGAGUUAUUGUUACAGGAAGCAUUACAUUUAUGUUUCCACUUCUUUAUGUUUCCACUUCACUGUGUACCAUAGCCUCUCAGCCACUGAGCUUACCCAGGACAAAGUUUGCCAUGCUACUUCUGCAUAACAUCACCUUGCAGAGUACUGGCUAUUGCACACCAGCAGUCUUCCGAGUACUUUGCUUUCCUUCUAAGCCAAUUAGCAAUAGUGCAGUGACACGAACAAGGUAGAAAUGAAAACAGCAUCACUCAGUGUGGAAGGGGAAAGCAGAGGAUCAGUUUUUCCUUAGUUCCUUCUUGUGUGUUCAUUAAAAAACCUCAGGGCGAUUCUGUGACUUUGCCUGAUGAAGCAGGGGCCUGCAAGCUGCAUCCAGCAGGUAGAUGUUCCUCAGCAGGACAUACCUGCUAUCCAACAAGUGCCAUGGAAGAUGUGGCAGCCCAGCUGAUCAAUGCUAUGUGUAAGACUACCAAAUACAGAAAUACCACUGAAAAAAUAAUAAAUUAGGACACUUUCAGUAAUCCCUACAAUAAAACACUCCUGAACAGA